AUGAGGCGCUCAGCCUCCUCUCCCCCUGUGUCCCCUUACCAACAGGCUGUCGGAUCUGACAUUCAAGUUGCCCCUGCAUCGUCCAGACGUCUGCUCCGAGAUUCUUCCUUCUCUCGUGCGCGGAAGUUCCCGGUCUCCAACCUCUCCACGCUCAUCCUGGUGGCCGGCCACUCUGUGUACACGGGUCUGGACUACCAUGACGCCCAGGGCUCCAGCAGCUGGUACCUCCUCGACUACCAGAAGGAGGUCAAGGGCCAGACGGAGAGUUUCAUGGCACACAUCAGGCUGGGAGUGGAGCAGGCUGCAGCAGACCCCAAGUCGGUGCUCCUCUUCAGCGGAGGGAAAACACGGGCCAGCGCCGGCCCCCGGGCCGAGGCCGAGGGUUACUGGCUUGUCGCCGAGGCCAACGACUGGUUUGGGUUCCCGGAGGUACGCCGCAGGGCGUUCACAGAGGAGAAGGCUAGGGACAGUUUUGAAAACUUGCUGUUUGGUUUGUGCCGAUACUACGAGCUGACAGGGCACCACCCCACCCAUGUGACGGUGGUGGGCUAUGAGUUUAAGAAAGCGCGCUUUCAGGACAUGCACCGGGCGGCCGUGCGGUACCCCGCCACCUCCUUCUCCUACGUGGGCACCCCCGCCCUGACGCCCUCGGCCGUGGACGGCGAGGCUGCCGCCGCGGCCGCCUUCCGGACCGACCCCUACGGCUGCUCCGGCGCCCUGGCGGCAAAGCGUGCCGAGCGCGACCCCUUUGCCGAGGGCGGGUACGGUCCAGACAGGUGCCCAGCCAUGGCCGGCCUCCUGAAUUGGUGCGGACCAGACCCCUUCCCGGGCCGCCUACCAUGGGCUCCGCGACGUUGA